ACUGAAAGUGUACUCAAAUCGUUUUCAUUUGCAUUUAUUCAGAAUUUACAUUCCAGUAACAUCAAAUGUAUUAGUUUUACAGUUUGUAAAUUAAAAUUUGUGGUCGCAUUAAUGUUUAACUUUAAUUUACUGCAGGUUAUGAGGUUUUUGUUGACUUUAAUCCAUCGGGAGUGUGGUCAAAGUAAACGGUCGAAUGGAGGUCUGAUGGUUGCCAUGACAGCGCUGCGUGAUCUUCCGGUGACUUUAACCGUAUCUGCUGCUGGCUCGUGGUGCAAGAAAGUGACAAAGUCUGCUCUGCAGGAUGUUAUGGAAAGACUUGCUGUGUGUGUCCCCCCUUGUGAAUGCAUUCAUCAAGAAGAACUCCAAAAGUUCUCAGAAAGUUUUGGGUGUUUGUUGUUCACCUAUUCUUUUCAUGGAGGAAUUAGCAGUGAAACGAUGGAGGCUGACCAGACAAAAAUUCAAAUGUUUCUCCAUAGACUCAGUGCGGUACAUGCUCAGAUCAGAAUGACGUUAGAGAUUAGGACUGACUCCAAGAAAGACCAGCAAAUUUUUAGGAGAGAAGCUGGAAGUAAAGUUUCAGUGAUGGAUCACAGCAUUUCUUUGGACAGUGCUGCAUGUGGACAGAGCCCAAACUCUGUACAGUGUCUACUAUCGUGUCCCAAAGUCCACCCUGUAUUAGGAGACACAUUCAGUUGUGUUCUCACCACUGACGCAAUCGGAGAAGGGUUGUGUGGGGAAAUGAGGAUGGCUACCAUGGCAACACUUGCACCUUGUAUGGAUCAGUAUCCCAACUGGCCGACUCGCCUGUCGUGCAUACAGAUGCUAGUGUACAGUCCAUGCGGCAUGCCUCUAAUGCACCAAAGACAGAUGACUUUCCUCCAGGACUUGGCUAAAUCACUGUCUUGGGGUGAUCUUGGCAUUUCUAAAGUCUCCUGCAUGGAAGCACAAACCAUUGAGGGCUCCAUGUGUUCCGAAAUAACGUUUUCGGUAGAUCUCUGUAAUCAUAAUGAGGAAUCAGGAUGUAGCGGCCCUGUACAGCAGAGCUCUGAGCCAGAAUGGAGCCAUACUGUAGAGCAGAUUCUCACUCUAUUCAUUUUCACUCAAUACACUGACGCUUUCCACUCCCAGGUUUCGGACUUCAUAAGCAGUGAGGAGGCUUUAGAAAGACAUUUGGAUUCAGUGCUUUGGUACAAUGGGGAUCAAGUUAGGGCAGCUCUGCAGACUACACUUAAAAGCACACUGAAGGUUUUCCAGAAAAGACAAAAGGCCAGGCUGAGGUUGCAGUCCACCCUAACCACUGUCUUGAGCUCAGUGAGCAGUGUAAUUGCCAGUAGCAGCAAUGCAAAGUUUCGAAAAACAUGCUAUGACAGCAUAAGGGUCACAAACACUUGUGAGUUUCGUGUUUCUCUACAACGAUCUCUUCAAACUGUCGUGGAUGGCCGCUUUGCUCCCAGGCGCAUGUGUAAUAAUGAAAAGAUGGCUGAAGCUGUUAGCUCUGAACAGAGUAGCAUUGAAGAAGACUUUGAAAAUCCACCAGACUUUUCUCCUAAGAGGAAUGACGGUGACCUUGGAUCACCAUGCAGUGUCCCUAAGAAGAGACAGUGUUCACAUUUUCCUGAAACGCCAGAUACCUUCAUAAAUGUAAUGAAUUCAGACGUCUUUGAGGCAUCACCCAUUCAGAGACGUCCCCUGUCAUCUAUACAACUUCCUCAGAGUCAGCAAGCCGAAACGACUGAAGACAUGCCCUCAGUUCCCUCCAUGACUAAGCUGACUAAACGUAAAAAUAAACAGGUAGAGAAGCAGAUUCAGUGUGUGUCUCCUGGAUUUGCCAUCGUAAGGAUGUUCCCCUGCCUAGCCUAUAGACCAUGGCAAGUCCUCUGUCGGGUCUACAUGCAACAAAGAGCCCCUUUGUCUCAAAUACCCCCCAAAAUAGCAAAGCCGUGUUUUGGUUGGCAAAGUGGCGCAGGGGUCCACAAAUUCUGGUAUAGCUUUGCAGACUCAAGGGUGACGUCUGUGACAUGGACACAGGUGCAGUACUGUUCCACAUCAAGCAGUGGUAAAGACGCUUCUCCACCGAGCGUUAAUGGGACAACCGAGAAAGCACAAGCUGCCCAGCCUGCUGGAAAAACUACGGGAUUGAUAAAAGCUGAGAACAUUCAGGUGAAAGUUCGGGCUGUCCUGAAAAAGAGGGAAUAUGGCACAAAGUACACCCAAAAUAAUUUCAUCACUGCUGUGAGAGCUAUGAACGAGUUCUGCCUCAAACUCAGUGAUCUUGAGCAUCUUAGAAAGAUCCGUCGGCGUAGUCCCCAUGAUGACACAGAAGCUUUUACUGUCUUUCUACGAUCAGACGUGGAGGCAAAGGCGCUGGAUGUAUGGGGCAGUCAAGAGGCACUUGCUCGAGAGAGGAAUCUUAGGAAAGAAGUGGAACGGGAGUAUGAGGAAAACAUAUUUAGAAACCAGCAGCUGCUGAAGGAAUACAAAGAUUUCUGGGGAAACACAAAGCCUCGAUCAGGGAAUAGGGCGACAUUUCUACAAGGGCCAGGAAAAGUGGUGAUGGUAGCUAUAUGCAUAAACGGACUGAAUUUCUUCUUCAAGCUGUUGGCGUGGGUAUACACAGGAUCUGCCUGUAUGUUUUCCGAAGCCAUUCAUUCGCUAGCUGAUACCUGUAAUCAGGCUCUUCUUGCGCUAGGCAUCAGUCAGUCUGUCCGAAACCCAGAUGCCAGCCAUCCGUACGGCUUCUCUAACAUGCGUUACAUCGCCUCCCUUAUCAGUGGAGUGGGCAUCUUCAUGAUGGGCGCUGGAUUGUCCUGGUAUCACGGCAUCAUGGGAUUACUGCACCCUCAGCAAAUAGAAUCACUUCUCUGGGCAUACUGUAUCUUAGCAGGAUCUCUGGUCUCCGAAGGAGCUACUCUGGUAGUGGCCAUUAAUGAGAUCAAGAAGAGUGCAAAGAUACAAGAGCUGUCCUUUUACGAAUACGUGAUGCAAAGUCGAGACCCCAGCACUAAUGUGGUCCUGUUGGAGGAUGCUGCUGCAGUCCUGGGGGUGGUGCUGGCUGCUGGAUGUAUGGGGCUCACCUCUCUUACAGGUAACCCAUUCUAUGACAGUCUUGGUUCUCUUGGUGUGGGAACCCUGUUAGGGGCGGUGUCUGCGUUCCUUAUUUACACUAACACAGAGGCUCUGCUGGGCCGCUCAAUUCAGGCUGAACACAUGCAGAAGCUCACAGAGUUUCUGGAAAGUGACCCUGCAGUCAGGGCAAUUCAUGAUGUCAAAGCCACAGAUAUGGGGCUGAGCAAAGUGCGCUUUAAAGCGGAGGUGGACUUUGAUGGGCGGGUGGUGACGCGCUCAUACCUGGAGAAACAAGACAUUGAACAGAUCCUUAACGAAAUUCAGCAGGUGAAGACACCAGAAGAGCUGGAGAAUUUUAUGCUGAAACACGGAGAGAACAUUAUCGACACAUUAGGAGCAGAGGUGGACCGCCUGGAGAAAGAACUGAAGCAACGUAAUCCUGAGGUGCGGCAUGUGGAUCUGGAGAUUUUAUAGUGUUAUAAAACAUGGCACAACGAGGAGGAACAAGAGGAAGAAGAAGAAAUCAAACCUCGAUCGAACUCAAACUUCGAUUAUUCUCUUCAACCAGCCAAUCAGCUGAAGUCUUAAAUUACCCAAGCACCAACCUGUACAUGGUUUCAUUAGUUAGGUAAGCUAGAAGAACCACAGAAAAUGACUCUAAUUGCAUAGAGACAUCGGCGAUAAUGACUUAUGCUUCUGUGAUGUUUAUAUCAUCAGAGCUUUGAAAUCAUGUGCUUGAAUUCAGAAGGACCAGAAUCUUUUUAGCGUUUUACUUUGGCCUACAGAGUAGCAUAGACUCGUAAUUCACAAUCUGUUUUUUUUGUCUGCUAAGCCAAUAGUGCAAAGGUAAUGAUUUGAGGCAAUGGCUUUAUAUCUCAAAUAUAUUUAGAAAUUAAUCAACAUUUCCCCAUAUAACUUUAUUGGCUACACAGAGACAAUGGUGAGUUUAAGUGAUGCCACUACUAAUAAAUCAAGUGAACAGAUUUCUGAGUAAAGCUGUAAUAAGAAGCAGUGAGAGGCAUCCUGUAUUGCAAUUGGUAUGUUUAUCAGUUUUAACAGGUAUAUUUGUUGAAACACUCUUCAACUCAAAAAACUACAAACUGUUUUAACAAAAUUGUUCAGAUUUUGUCAAAUGUAUCUUUUUGGCCCAUCUCAGAUGUAUCUAACCACAAUUUCUUUUUAAAUAUUCUUGUCCUAUCUGCUUACAGUACUGCUGUACAGAUCUGGGUUCCUGAUGCCCCCUAAACACAUCUUUGAGUGAUUUUGUUAAUGAGCCAACCUAGUUUGUGAACACUACUUCAGGUUUCUUUCUAUUGUAAAUAGUUCCUGAUUGUUAAAAUGCCUGUGAAAUUUGGUUAUCAAAAAAAUGUAGUUAAAUUGUUCCUAUCCAUUGUCAGGAUCAUUUGUUCAAACAGUAUGUUUAGACGGUAGUCGUUGUAGAUACUGUAUGUUCUCAUGUGUGCUUGAAAACAUUGUCAUUUUUGCUCAGUCGCUCAGUUCCUUUUAGGAAACGACUGGUAGUUCUUAAAUAUAUUGAAGGUGGAUUACCAUAUGCAAGGUUAGUUGAAGGUUGACAUUCAGAUUUGUUUUGGGGAAGGCUUUGAGAGUAAAUAUAUAUUUAUAUUGAAUAUGAUUUGAUUGGUUUCAGAUUGCUAUUUGGUUCAAUAUUUUACGAAGAUAUAAUACUAAAGCAGAUUGAGUAUUAAAUUGCAAUUUAUUUAUUAAACCUCUGAAUAUGUG